AGAGUCGAAGCUGCCUUACACAGGGCGAAGGACUUUCUGCGGGAGAGCUGCGCGCACUGAGUGUGUAGAUUUGAGAGAUAAUGUGUGAGCGGACGUGUCGAUUUAACAUGUAUGUGUGAACUCUGCUGUAGUUCAAGGGUUCAUCCAGCUUGUUGUCCUUGUAUACAAGACUAUGAGUGGGAGCAGUGGUCCUUUGACAGCCUCUCUUCCCGUGGUGUAACUAUGGAGGAUUGCGAGUUGGAAAUCCGGUUGCCAGGGCGAUCUGACUCCCCUUUGGGCCACAGGAGGUCCGAUGGCGGCGGCGGUCACGGCGGCGGGUUUGGUGAGACGUUGGUGCUGAGGCACAAAGAGGUUCACCACUUUUUCUUCGCCCCCUUCAGGGAGCAGCCCAUCUACAGCACGAGGGCCCACGUCUUCCAGAUCGACCCCAACACCAAGAAGAACUGGCUGCCCACCAGCAAGCAUGCUGUCACGGUCUCCUACUUCUACGACAGCACACGCAACGUUUAUCGCAUCAUUAGCCUGGACGGCACCAAGGCAAUAAUCAACAGCACCAUCAGUCCCAACAUGACGUUCACAAAGACCUCACAGAAGUUUGGCCAGUGGGCGGACAGUCGGGCAAACACCGUCUACGGCCUGGGAUUCUCCACUGAGCAUCAUCUAGCCAAGUUUGCAGAGAAGUUUGCGGAGUAUAAAGAAGCGGCGCGGCUCGCUAAAGAGAAGAGUCAAGAGAAGGACAUGGCCACGUCUCCUUCUCAGGAGUCUCCGGCUGGUGAGCUCUCGUCACCUUUGACCCCACUGACCCCGCCCAUGGAAACCAUCAACGGCACGGAUGACAUCUGCGACUCGACUCCCAACUCAGACAGUCGCCCAGAGCCGUCACAGAACGCACUGGCCUUCACACACAGCCCCGCCAUGACUAAACAUUGGGAGGCUGAGCUGGAUGCCCUAAAGGGGAAUAAUGCCAAACUAACGGCAGCGCUGCUGGAGUCCACAGCCAACGUCAAACAGUGGAAACAACAACUGGCCGCCUACCAGGAGGAGGCUGAGAGACUACACAAACGGGUGACGGAGCUCGAGUGCCAGAGCAGCCAAAGCCCAGCGAUCAAAUCCCAGAAGACUGAACUCAACCAAACCAUAGAGGAACUGGAGAAUACGCUAAGGGAUAAAGAAGAGGAAAUGGAAAAGUUAAAAGAAGAAUUGGAAAACAUGAAUGACCUGAUGGAGCAGAAAGACACCCUUACCCAGAAACUUGAGGAAACCGAUCUGCGCAGUCGGGUGCUGGAGGAGCAGCUGGCGGGUGCAGAGCAGCGGCUGGAGGAGAACCAGGAGGAGCAGGAGAAUUUCAGAAAGAGCCUGCGGACGCUGCUGGAGAUGCUGGACGGCAAGAUCUUUGAGCUGACGGAGCUCAGAGACACCUUGGCCCGGCUCAUAGAGGAGGCCAGCUAGAGACAGGGCUGCCCGAUCUACACAGACAGAGCCAUAUGAUAAUUGACACCCCAAACUCAACUGCAUCAAUCCCACCGCACCAUGCCCCAAUUCUCCUACACCCGACACACACUAAGACUGAGACCCUGCACUGCCCUGAUUCUGAUUUUGCUCAUAAAAGGGCAGCUAACUCCCGGUUUUUAACCUUGCAGGCACCGAGCUCCAACCAACCACAGGCACUCCUGUCGUUCAAGACCAUACAGGGACUACCUCAUCUUGGCCUUCUGAUUGGCUGGUGUAGGCGUAACCUUGGUUGAAUUUAUCCUUUCGGUGAGAUGCCAGCCCCCCCCCACACAAACACACACACAAUCACACACAUAUACAUGCACACCAACUCACUCUCACUAAGAGUUAACUUGAGAACUGUGCCUCAGUGCCAUCUGCUGUUUGUCUGGGAGAGCUGCACCACAGAUUGCAGCAUGACAACAUCUCUCUCUUAUACACAUGCACACACGCACACACACACACACACACACACAAACAGACACACACCAUCGCUAAACUGCCCCCCCACAAGGGGAAUGUUGAAAGUCAUGUGGAAAUAAUUGCCGUUAACACUCUGCGAGAACUGCGCCAAAGCUGCCAAAUCCCCCCGAAAAUAUUGUCCUCUAACUAGCAGAUGCUUUGAUCCAAAGUGACUUACUGUACAGAGAAGUGCUGAACACAGAGAGUCCCACGUUUGAGCUCGGGCUGCCAGCGGAGUUUCACUGGAAACAGAAUUAAAGGAUGGCUCUGUGUACCAGCCUGGACACACAAGGCUCUCUCAGAAACAGAGCUUGCUUUAUGCUUCUUGAGUGGAAAUGAAAGACUGCUAUGUAUCCACGGCCUAUUUCAAAAGAAAAACCCAACAUGAUGGAUAGUGUUCAAUCUUCCAGAGGCAUCGCUCGUGCCACACAGAAAUUUGAAUGGGCACGCGCCCUUUGCUAGAUUUGAUGUGAGAAUUCCUGUAUCCAGACUGCUUCCACCAUCUCAGACAAGUGACCUAUCUUCCUGCCAAGCUCAGUGUGGUGUGUGUUUCUGAACAAGGCCUGACCUUACAACAUAACGUGUGCCUUCAAAGCGCACGCAAGUGGACACGUGUUUGUAUAUAAUUUGUGUGUGUGUGUUUUGUGUAGUGAGAGGAAGACCCUGUUCUUUUGUUUUGUUUUUGGACAUCAAGGCCGUACACACACACACACACUGAGCAAUACCAAACAGGCUCUAUAAGACACCUCUAUCUCAUUCUAUCAGGUACUCUACUCAGUGGACUCAUGCAGAUAAAGGUCAAAUGCAGCUCAGUUGAUCGCCCCCAAGUCCGACAGAAAGUGUACAACCGUUGACCGCGAACCUGUGUGGCAGCCCUGUCGAAGUAGAGCGUCGUGAAGGGCUUACAGAGCGUCAUCGACAUGUUCGUAAAUCUCCACCCUGAAGCAGGCUACAGAUAUUCACUCCUCACCGGGUGAACACUAAGAACUGUACGCAGUUUCUAUUUGUUUUGUUUUAUACAUAGAAUAUAACACUGAUGAUAUAAUUAUAGAACUAUAUAGGACAACUUUCUACUCAUGAUGGCAUUGUAAAUGAAUGGACGAAUCACACAAAUGCAGUAACACCCUGCCGCGGCUUAUUGUUGUGUAUUAACCAAUGGAAAAGUAUCGCAUAGUAUAGUAGAGUAACCCUCCUCAAUAUAUGUUUAAAAUGGCAUAGCAACACAAUGUAAACGCAGUGUUAAAUGUUCUGUAAAAAAAAUAUCCACAUAUAAAGCGGCUCCAGUAAGAGUAAAAUCCAAAACUGCAUCUUUAAAAAAAAAAUCACGAGAAAUUCUAUAACGCUAUAUGCUCAUGUGAAAUGCUGCUCAUCCUGCCUUUCAACUGAGCACCCUGUUUACACUGUGUUAUUACACUAUUAUAACUCCACUAUAUACCCAGAGAUUGAAUCAUUAAGUCCUAUAGCACAGCAGAACUCUAUACGUAAAGCAUUAGUGUAGUUAGUGACACAGCAGGUUAAUACACUGGAAUAAGACCCAUGUAAAGGGAGAUGUUACCUAGUUUUUUUUUCUCUUCCUGGUUGAACUUUGACAGUCAAAUGUCAGAGAUGGAAAACCUUACUAUUAAUGCUGUUGUUAAAUGAAUGCCUUUGUACAGUAGUGGAUAAGAAGCUUUUCAUUCUCCUGUUUUGUAACUUAUGGUAUUUAAAUGUAGGUAUUAUGAUUAUGAUUAUGAUUAUUAUGAUUAUUGUAUUUAGAGGUAUGAAAAGACUGGCAAUAUUUUUGACUAUUUAAAGUAAUUUUGAACUCAUGAUAUUAAAGAGGUACCUCAGGCUGAA